CAGCGAGAGUUGCAAACACUCAGCACACUCGAGCACCCCAACAUUGUCAAGUUGAUCGGUGCUAGUUCGCUGUCCGAUCAAGUCAUCCUCUUGACUGAAUUUUGCAAUGCCGGAAGUCUAUUUAGGGCCCUUCAUGACAUGCAAGAGGUCGUGUACGAAAUGCCUUGGGUAUGCCGUAUCUCACGUGAAGUAGCCAGUGGAAUGGCGUACCUACACUCGCAGCACAUCCUUCAUCGAGACCUCAAGAGCCAGAACGUCUUGUUGCACAGCACGGUGCAUGCCCGCAUCUGCGAUUUUGGCCUCGCUAAACAAUCAGACCACAUGACGAAGAUGACGGGCACGCCCGGCACGCCGGCCUGGAUGGCUCCUGAAGUCAUUCGAGCUGAACCCAGUGGCAUGCCCAGCGAUGUGUACAGCUUUGCCAUUGUUCUCUGGGAGAUUGUUUGUCGACAAGUGCCUUGGCAGGGCAUGGAAGCGACCCAAGUGCUAUUUGCCGUGGCUGCCUUCAAUAAGCGGCCCCCUAUCCCACAAGAUUGUCCCGCUAAUUUGCAAGAGCUCAUCCGGGCUUGCUGGGAC